UCUGCCUCUGCACGCUAUUGGCUACCCCGAGUCGGAACCCCUCUGACCGCCUCCUGUCCUCGACAUCUGGCCAUUCGUGCAGUGCACACAAUUCAUCGACAGUUUCCUAACUGGCUCCGGCAAAAUCCGGCGUCUAUUACUGACGAAUCGCCAAAAACCUCGAAAUCCCGCUAUAAAUCGAUCUGUUCCUCUCCAUCCGGAAGCAAUGGUGAUACUGACUGUUCAAUGUCCACUUAUCAUCCAGUUUGUGCCGCUUUGUUGGCCUACUGGCGUUCCGAUGUGUUUGCACGACGUCAGGCUAGUCUUACUUUGGUCACUCUGUCCACUAUGCCUGCGGACGCGCGAUCGGAUGGAUCGCCUGGAAGUUCAGCGUUAUGCGGUUUAGAAUAUGUAGAAUCAGAAGGGAUUAUCAAUUCAAUUAAUCCCCAACCCACAAGCGCAAUCGGUGGAAUCCCGGAAUUCACAUUGCCUUCUGGUGAAUCAGUGCCCAUGAUCGCCAGUGGGACUGGACAUUUCGAGCAUUGGGACGAGCCGCGACUGAUUCUGGACUGUUUGUUGGAUUGUGCGAAGACCGAUUUAGAGAAUUUCGAUCUCUUGUUUGUGAUUGUGAUCGGGGUGAAUCGACUUCGAUCGGUUGCCGGCCUUUAUCCGCUUCGGUGUUUCCUGGACUGUCGAAUCAAAGAGGCUCCGUUGCUGUGGCAUCGUCAAUUAUUCCUACACUUUGUGUCCUUAGUUCGUCAUCGACUCUCGGUUAUGGCUGAUUCAUCCGUCAUUGAUCCCUCCAUGGUGGUGUUUGGAGGAAAUGCGACAAUAACGGUGGAAGAUAUGUAUCGCCUGAUGGCUCAUUUGAUCAUACCCAGUCUUGCUCAUGCACUGGAGUGUGGACCGUUAGAGGAGUUGAUUGGUGGGCCUCCGAGGCCAUUGGAAGAUAAUGAGGACGAUUUGGUGUAUUUGUUCAUCCACGUUCUACUUGAAGAUUCCGCUUUGCAAACGUGUACUGAACUGCGUGUCAUGUACUAUCAGUUAGCAUGUUUGUUUGUGCACCAUGCCAUGGACUACAUCCACUCCAGAAGCGAAACCAGUUUGAGCGUAGUGGAUCUACAGGAGAAAUACACUGGACUUCAACUUCUGGCUCAUUUGAUUGCGAAAUUUAAUCUUCCGUCAAAAAUUGCCGUUCAAGUGUUCCAGUGUUUGGCCAAAGGAACUCACACAGAAACGAAGAAGAUCGUCAAUCCGGCCUUGGAUGUCCUGAUCCCUGCCUGGGUACGAGGUCCAGACGAUCAGGUCAGAAUGAAUUUCAAUGAUGGCAUCAUGAAGCAUAUGUUUGAGGAAAAAGCUUGCAAUUCACAUUUGAUAAGUUUGAUUAUUCUGAAUUAA